AUGUUACCGGUUGAGCGUCUUGCCCUACAUCACCACAUUAAGAACACUCAGGAAAAGCGGAGGUGUAGCUCACCGCAGGUUGAGCCAGCGGGAGGUUCUACCAUCUGUGGACAUAGCAACCAAGCCAUCCAAAGUCGUGCAUCCAAGCCGGCCAAGUCAAAUCACCUGGUCGUUCGCCUAAACGAUAUUCUCCUACCAUACUUCCAACCGUCAACCACCAGUGCCGCAACCAAAGAUGAACAUGUGAGCACUAAGAGAAGAAAGCUCAAAGAUCGCCUCAAAGUCGAAAGAGGUAUGGAAACGGUAACGCUUGCACCUACUUGGAAACCUAUUUUAGAGGAAAUUACUCAGAUUCGACAAAAGUUAGCGGUGAUGGGAGGAAUGUUGAAAAAUGCGAAUAUAGGAGCUAGACAGAAGGAAAAAUUAGCAACCAGAUUGGUUCACUAUCGCGCGCGAAUCUUGACGCUUCCACGCAACACCGGAGCGAAUCAAGUACGUGAUGAUAUCAUAGAGCUAGGGCAAUACGCUAUCGAUCUUUGGCAAAAAUAUUUUCCGAAUGGUCCAACCCAUAAAUCCACGAUAUCAACCGAUUCUCUAAAAGUAAAUUUGAACAUAGCAUUACAAGAAGUGCGUAGCGAGAUUAACCUGUUAAACGAAACGGCGAGUGCGAUAAAUCUUGAGGAUUCAGAAAGUUCAGAAGAGGAGGGAAGAGCAGAAGGGAGAAAAGAAGUAGAAAAAGAAUUAUCAGUUGCUAGAUCGAGGGAAAUUUUGAAAAAGCUAUCAGAGUACGAAGAAGGUAACGUAGAGGUCGCGAGUGAUUUAAUCAAAAGCUUCAAGACUUUCGUAAUCCAGACGACAGAACAGCAAAAACAGUUGAGAGAAAAAGAAAUACAGAGAGAAAAGCAGAUCAAGAAAGAAACAGAGGAGAAUAUAGAAAGAAAAACUCGGCUAGAGCAACUUUUGACGAACCUUAAUGAAAAGCUAAGCAACAAAAUGGAUAUCGAUAUUAAAGAAUUAAGCACAUCUCCGAAAAUAUCUAAAACAGAUUCGGAAAUGAAACAUAGCUUCAAAGAUCAAAAUUCAGAAACAGAUUCAAGUACGAAGUCAUUCUUGAAAAGGUUUCACAAACUGAAUGAAAGAGGCGAAACAGCUAAACUCGAGAAAGAAGAGAAGAAGCAGAGGGAAGUAGUUCAGGAAAAUAAGAGGAUCGAAAAAUCGAGACCUAAUUUACCGAUUCAGUCCAGCUCCAAUUCAGAUUCUGAGGAGCACAAUAGGAGAACUAAAGAAGGUUCUCAGGUCGCUCCGAAGAGGGAAGCCUAUCCUCAAGAGAAGAGGGGAAUGGGAAAAUCCAAUAAGGGGAUGGAGAAAGCGAGAGAUCCAAGUGGCGAGGGAAACAAAUCGGAAACGCCACUGAACGAGCUACAGGGUUCAUCUAGAAACACGCUUAGAAUUUUGAUCGAAGAAUAUCAAAGACCUCCAAUUGGCACCUGCUACAAUUAUAACGAUUAUGACACCGAGUAUGAUGAGCAAGUGGAAGAACUAUUAAUCGCCGUGGAUGGAGACGCAAGGCCGUUCGUAGAAGUGAACGUUUUGGGAAUCAGCAUGAUAGGCUUACUUGAUAGUGGGGCGCAAAAAAGCGUGUUAGGUAAGGGUGCCGAAAAGCUCAUAAAGCUGUUGAAAUUGAAGCUUUUUCCAAGCAAUGUUGCUCUAAAGGUAGCUUCGGGAGAAGCAUUAGAAAUAGUGGGGUACGUGAACCUGCCAAUAACAUUUAAUCAAGAAACCCAUAUAAUUCCAACUUUGGUUGCUCCCAAACUGAAACGAGGUUUGAUUCUGGGAUACGAAGACUUUUGGAAAGCUUUUAAAGUUAUUCCGACAUUACAGGAUAACCGCGAGUUGGCAGAACUUAAUUCUCUGGAAGAUGAGCUCGAAACUGAUCUCACAGCAAACCAUCUAUCUGAAAAUGAAAAGGAGCUAUUAGAGGGAGUAAAAAAAAUAUUUAAAGUUGCUGUUGAAGGGGAAAUUUUAGAAACCACUCACUUGAUAACCCACAAAAUUGAGUUAAAAGAAGAGUAUAAAAACUCUCCUCCGAUUAGGUUGAAUCCCUAUCCAACUUCUCCGAAAAUGCAAGCCAAAAUAAACCAAGAGUUAGACAACAUGUUGGCUCAAGAUGUCAUAGAACCGAGUAAGAGUGACUGGGCUUUGGCCACGGUGGCGGUGUUGAAACCGUCAGGGGAGGUGCGGCUGUGCUUAGAUGCACGUCGCUUAAAUGAACGAACUAAGCGAGACGCCUAUCCUCUCCCACACCAAGACAGAAUACUAAGUCGAUUAGGAUCAAGCAAGUAUUUAUCGACAAUUGACUUGUCGAAAGCAUUUCUGCAAAUACCGCUUGAUCCUAGUUCACGAAAGUAUACUGCCUUCUCGGUGAUGGGAAGGGGGCUAUUUCAAUUCAAACGGCUUUUCUUUGGGGGAGUAAACAGCGCAGCAGGCUUGGUGAGAUUGAUGGAUACUGUGUUAGGGUUCGGAGAGUUAGAACCCAAUGUCUUCGUUUAUCUCGACGACAUUGUGGUUGCUAACGAAACGUUCGAGGAGCAUUUAGAAACACUCAGAGAAGUGGCUAGGCGGCUUAGGGAGGCCAAUCUUUCGAUAAAUUUAAAAAAAUCGCAGUUUGGAGUUCGUGAGUUAACAUACUUGGGAUAUAUGCUAACGAGUGAAGGUCUCAAACCCAACCCCGAAAGAAUAGAACCGAUUGUUAACUACGAACGUCCAACGUCGAUCCGAUCUCUAAGGAGAUUUUUGGGUAUGGCCAACUAUUAUAGGCGGUUCAUACCCAAAUUCAGUGAAAUGACAGCACCCUUAACAAAUCUAUUGAAAAAGAAGCCUAAAUCAAUUAAAUGGACGAGUGAAGCGGAAGUUUCAUUCAAUCGAAUCAAAGAAGCCUUAAUAACAGCCCCCGUGUUAGCUAGCCCCAAUUUCAACUUACCUUUCCAUAUCCAGACAGACGCGAGUGAUACGGCCGUGGCCGCAAUAUUGACACAGGACCACCCAGAGGGGGAACGAGUAGUCGCAUACUACUCGCAAAAGCUCUCUCCGGCCCAGCAAGCUUAUGCAGCGUCGGAGAAAGAGGGCCUCGCCGUGCUUUCGGCCAUCGAUAAGUUCCGCCCGUAUAUUGAAGCGACACGAUUCGUAGUUACGACCGAUGCUUCAGCAUUGACGCACAUUAUGCGGGGUAAAUGGCGUUCGUCUUCAAGACUUUGUCGUUGGAGUAUUGAACUGCAAAGUUAUGAUCUGGAAAUCCGACAUAGACGGGGCAGGGACAACAUCAUUCCAGAUGCUUUAUCUCGAGCCAUUGAGUCCAUUGAUGCUGUAACAGAUUCCUGGUACCAAAAGUUGUAUCAAUCGGUUCUGUCCUCGCCUGACGAACACAUUGACUACAAAAUAGAAAACAACAAGUUAUUUAAAUUCAUUCCAACCCAGACUGAGACACUCGAUUAUAGGCUGUGA